AUGACGUUCCAAAAAACCACAAUGAGAAGGGCUUUGAAUGUCCGUCCUAGAGUAUAUUCGACUGGUUCGGUAAUACAGCCCCCAGUUAAAACACAUAGAAUAAGAAACACCAUUUUGGCACUUUCAAGUGCUGUCAUCACUGUUUAUUCUGCUGGUGUCUAUUUAAGUGAAAGAGAUCCUAAAUAUAAAGAUUUUGUCGUUAAGACCCUACCUUCAAGUGAUAUAAUCAUCAAAAAUUAUGAGAUUUGCAGCAAUUUUAUUGAAAAUAAUGAUUUAACUUGGGAUAACAUUAAAAGUUACAUCAUGGGUAAAACUGUUGGCAUUCCAAUACAUAUUCCAGUCUCAAAGACAUCAAUAUUCAGUACUACUACUACUACAGAUGACAACAAGAAUGAUGACAAAUCAGAAGCAAAACCAAUUAUAGAAUUGAAUCCUGUUUCUUUGGAGACUGAUAAUUCAGAUGAAAAUUUGAAUAGGAUUGUGGAUAAUUUGAAUAAUAUCAUUCAAUUAAUCAAUGAAAGGGGUAAACAAGGUAUCACUAAUGAUAUCGACAAAAAAACUUUCGAAAAUGCUUUUCAAUCUGUAUUAAAUAGCGUUCAACUACUAAACAAUACAUAUUUGAAUCAUACCGAUGAAAAAAUUUUUGAAGGUAUCAAAACCAAGUUAAUCGAACUAGACACAAGUUUCAAUGAAUCAAUAGCUAAAAAAGAAACUGAGAUCGAGGAUAAGUACAAUUUAGAAUUUAUGAAAUUUAAAGAAGCUCUUGAAGAGAAAGCAGCUCAAACCUUGGCUGUUGGCUUAAGUGCCAAUGAAGCAAAACUAAGGGCGAAAAAGGAUAAUGAAAUUGCUUUGUUAUCUAUCACACAAGUUGAUGAGUUUAAUAAGAUCGUCACCGAUAAGAUUGAAUCCGAAAGAAACGGCAAAUUGAAAAAAUUGUUGGAAUUGGAUCAAAGACUCAAUAAAUUUAACAAUACAAUCGAUUCAAUCGAUAAUUUAGUAAUAAGGAACACAAUCAAGAACAAAUUGACUACAAUCUUAAAGUCUAUACAGGAGGAACUAUACUCCUUUAGUGGUUCAAUUGACCGAAUCACUAUUCAUAAACAAAUUAAUCAAUUGAAAUUGAUUGCAAGUAUUUUACCAUCUAAAAAAACCAUUACCAUCAAUAAUUCAAUUGAAAAAGAUAAUUGUAGGUGUUGUUCUAAUGGUGAGAAAGCCACUUCUACGGAGCUUUGCUGUAAUAAAAAAAAUAAGACACAAAAUGAACAAACUAAUAUUGAAUCUAAGGUUAAUGAACAUACAUCUUGUAAAUGUUCGAUGAAAAAUAAACCAACAUUAUUAGAAACUACAUUGAAUGAAUUGGAAAAUAUCACCAAGGACCAACCAAUUUUGUCAAACGAACAAUUAUAUAAUAGAUGGUCUUUAUUAGCACAAGAUUUCAAAACUACAUCUUUAUUAUCAUCAGAUUCUGGAUUUUUCAGACACUUAAUGGCUAAGCUCUUCUCUUUAUUACUUUUCACAAAGAAUGGUUCUCAACCCGAGCCUUUAUCUAAAAUUAGUCCAACUAAGUUAAAUGAUAAUGAUACUUCAAAAAAUGAAAACUUAAGUAUUGUUUAUUCUAGAAUCCAAAAUAAUAUCAAACUAUCCAAUCUAGAAGAUGCUGUUAUGGAUGCUGUGCAAUUGGAUGGUUGGACAAGAGCAUUGUGCGAAGAUUGGAUAGAAGAUGCGAGAAGAAAACUAGAAUUUGAAACUCUUUUGCAAGUUUUGAAUAGUGAAAUUAAAACUUUAUAA